AUGAGUGUGACGUGUGUGGCAAGGUCUGGCAAAGCCCAAGCCAGCUGGAGAUCCACCGGCGGGUUCACAUGGGAGAACGCCCCUUCCACUGCUCAGAAUGCGGCAAGAGUUGCAUCCGCUACGACCACAUGUGAGAGACCGUUCACCUGCUCCGCCUGCGACAAGAGCUUCAAGUCAGCGCCAAACCUGAAAAGACACCUGCGUGUGCACACGAGCGAGAAGCCCUUUGACUGCUCCACCUGCGUGCCGCAAGGGUUUCACCCGCUCCGGCACGCUGAAGUCCCACCAGCGCACCCACACCGCGGAGCGGACCUACACCUGCGCCCAGUGCGGCAAAGGUUUCACCAGCUCCGCCACGCUGAUGUCCCACCAGCACACCCACACCGGGGAAGCGCCCUACACCUGCAGCUAAUGCGCAAGGGCUUCUCCCAAUCCUGUCAACUGCUGUCCCACCAGCGCACCCACACCGGCGAGCGCCUCUUCACCUGCGCCCAGUGCGGCAAGGGAUUCACCCUCUCCAGGAUUCACCUGCUGAAGCACCAGCGCACCCACACCGGUGAGCGCCCCUACACCUGCGCCCAGUGCGGCAAGGGAUCCACCUGCUCCACCAAGCUUCUGUCCCACCAGCGCACCCACACCAGCGAGCGCCCCUACACCCCCACCCAGUGCGGCAAGGGCUUCAAUUGCUCUUGCAAUCUGCUAUCCCACCAGCGCACCCACACCGACAUCCUCAUGAAGAAGGCCUACGCCUGGGCAGCUAUCCAGCCAGAAGAUGCGAAAGCAUUGCGGGAGUUUGCGAAAUUUCUUAGAAGUAUUAAAUAA